GCAGGCCUGGAGGGAGCGGGCGCCUCGCCGGUCCUCCGCGUCCCCAAGCUCCGGGCAUGUCCUUGCGGUCCCGGCGCCCGCCCGCCUGAGCUGCCGGCGCACGUGGCCGCGCUCGCGCCCGGUUCCCUCCCGAGGGGCGUCGGUGCGCCCCUGGCCGGUCCCCCCGCGCUGCCUCCCGCCGCCCGCCCGGCCGCCAUGCAGGCACGGGCGCUGCUCCUGGCCGCGCUGGCCGCGCUGGCACUGGCCCGGGAGCCCCCGGCCGCCUCGUGCCCCGCGCGCUGCGACGUGUCGCGGUGCCCGAGUCCCCGCUGCCCGGGCGGCUACGUGCCCGACCUCUGCAACUGCUGCCUGGUGUGUGCCGCCGUCGAGGGCGAGCCGUGCGGCCGGCCGGUCGACUCGCCCUGCGGGGAGAGCCUGGAGUGCGCUCGCGGCGUCUGUCGCUGCCGCUGGGCGCACGCCGUGUGCGGCACGGACGGGCACACCUACGCCAACGUGUGCGCGCUGCAGGCGGCCAGCCGCCGCGCGCUGCAGCUCUCCGGGACGCCCGUGCGCCAGCUGCAGAAGGGCGCCUGCCCAUCGGGUCUCCACCAGCUGACCAGCCCGCGGUACAAGUUCAACUUCAUUGCUGACGUGGUGGAGAAGAUCGCGCCGGCCGUGGUCCACAUAGAACUCUUCCUGAGACACCCUCUGUUUGGCCGCAACGUGCCCCUGUCCAGCGGCUCAGGCUUCGUCAUGUCGGAGUCUGGCUUGAUUGUCACCAACGCCCACGUGGUGUCCAGCACCAACGCUGUCACAGGCCGGCAGCAGCUCAAGGUGCAGCUGCAGAACGGGGACACCUACGAGGCCACCAUCAAAGACAUUGACAAGAAGUCAGACAUCGCCACCAUCAGGAUCCGCCCCAAGAAAAAGCUCCCCGCGCUGCUGCUGGGCCACUCGGCUGACCUGCGGCCCGGCGAGUUCGUGGUGGCCAUCGGCAGCCCCUUCGCCCUGCAAAACACCGUGACCACAGGAAUCGUGAGCACGGCCCAGCGGGACGGCCGCGAGCUGGGCCUCCGGGACUCGGACAUGGACUAUAUCCAGACAGACGCCAUCAUCAACUACGGGAACUCCGGGGGACCGCUGGUGAACCUGGACGGCGAGGUCAUCGGCAUCAACACGCUCAAGGUGGCGGCCGGCAUCUCCUUCGCCAUCCCCUCGGACCGCAUCGCACGCUUCCUCACUGAGUUCCAGGACAAGCAGGGCAAAGACUGGAAAAAGCGCUUCAUCGGCAUACGAAUGCGGACAAUCACACCAAGUUUGGUGGAAGAGCUAAAGGCCAGUAACCCAGACUUCCCGGCGGUCAGCAGUGGGAUUUACGUGCAGGAGGUUGUUCCAAAUUCACCUUCUCAGAGAGGGGGCAUCCAGGAUGGCGACAUCGUCGUCAAGGUCAACGGACGCCCUCUGGCCGACUCGAGCGAGCUGCAGGAGGCCGUGCUGACCGAGUCCCCGCUGCUGCUGGAGGUGCGGCGGGGAAACGACGACCUGCUCUUCAGCAUCGCGCCCGAGGUGGUCCCGUGACGGCGGGGCUGCCUCCCUCCAGCCGACCGGAGCCUGCGGCCCAGGACAGGGGCCAGCAGAGUGGUUCUGUCCAGAGCCACCGCCUCCCUCGGGGUCAGGACAAAGGACCGUAGUCGGUCCUCAGCGGAGCCAGCGGCCUCGCCCCGGCCGUCCAGGGUUAGAGCCACAGGCUGGGCUUGGCCAGGCGUCUACAUCCCAGCCGGCGGGGAGCACUGGACCCCCCCCGCAGCACAGGGACAGCCGAUGUCCCCCCAGCAGAUGCUCCCGAGGCCCCUCCAGGCUCCCGGGUCUCAAAAACUGUUUCCCAGAAAGCCCCUCUCCUCUCCCGCUUCCUGCCUCUGCACCUGUUGAUUCGAUCCCUCUGAGAUGCCCGCUGCUCCUCCCCUGCCCCCUCCCAGUCAGGCCGCAGCCCCCCAGCCCCCUCCUCUCCCAGAGGCGCCUUCCCCGGCCCCCUGCACCCAAUAGCACAGCGCCCACUGCAUCAAAUGACCAGUGCUGACCGCCCUGCCGGCCUGGAGUCCCUGGAGGGUGGGCCACGUCUGUCCCCUUUGAGGAGUCAAGGGGUGGGUCUGGCCCGGAGCCAGCACCUCAUGGGUGGGGGGGGGGGUUGCCUGGCGGCCCAGCCGAGCCCCUGGGGCUGGUGAUGGGCCCACCCUCCCGGGCUGGAGACGAGCCAGCAGGGAGCAGACUGCGUCUUCCCCCCCGAAGGCCAGCUCGUCUCCCCCUCCCCCCGAGGUGGCCUUGGGGCAAGGGCCGAGGAAGCUGGGAUGUGGAGAGAGGGGUGGCAAGGACUGAGCCUGCUUCGCCUCCCGCGUGGCUCCGCGUGGAGCAAGGACUCGCGGCGUCGCCCACAGGCUGGCGAGCUGCUCCCUUCUUGGCGGGAGGCUGUCCCCGUGCAUCUGUGAGCCUCACUGUACAGUCGGGUCCCCACGCUGCUUGUACUGUAUGUUUCUCUACUGUAUGGAAAUUAAAGUUUACAAGCACACGGUC